CAGAUUGUGGGAUGCCAUUUUUUGUCCAAUUUUUCCAAUAAAGUCCCUGGAGGUUUCAAGCUGGACGGUAUUGGGUGUCUAAAAUGGUAAUUUCCCGUGGGCCUGGAGCGGUGGGCUGUCUGGCGUGAUCUGAGUGCUCUGCGGGAUGCGUGCAGUAUCUUGACCAUUCGUUCUCCUGUCUUUCCUGUCCGCUAUCUCCAUUCCUUUGCAUUUCGAUUCUUUUCUUGCAGCAAGCUCCGUUGAUUUCUGGUCUUCUCCUCUGUGUUUCUAGGGCUUUCGGCUGCGUGAUUUCGGGAUGGUGGUUCAUGUUCCGUUUCUGCGUUGGGAUAAGAUUCCCAACCCUUCACCCUUAUCUUCGACAGUGGGUUUGUAUUAUCUGGAAACUGCUGAAGGCCAGCAGGUUAUUGUUGCUUUUGUGGUGCGUGGUGCUGAGAAUCGUAUGGUUUACCAGCCAUUUCAUGAGUUUCUUGAAGACUAUCACGGUGUUUUCAAUUUGGGCGAUGUCAAUGAGUGGAAUUAUGGCUUCCAGUUGAAUGUGUGGUUGGAUGAUCUUAUGUACCAUUCGUUUGUGAGGUACAGCGAGGAAGCCGUUGAUCAAUGCUGGUAUUUGAAGAAACUUUCCAUGCCUGAUGUCACUGAGAGGUUGCCCCGUGCUCUUUGUCAGUACUUCCCCGCUGAUGGUUCAAGUGCCUGGGUUGUCCUGCGCCAUGGCAAGAAAGCUUGGUCAGUGGAAAUUGUCAGCCAUGAGUUUCGCAGAAACUGGAAUGAGUUCCAUCAGGCCCAUCAGUUAGAAGUUGACCAUAGGAUUGUUUUUUCAUGCGAGCGUAAAUGGAUCUUCCAUACGGCUAUGUUUGGUAAAGAUGGCUAUGAACUUUUGUUUGAUUGGUCUGGCCCAGCUGGCCGUUGGCAGGAUUUGCCCCCGCCUUCAGGCAAUCUACAUACUGCUUGCUUGCCUUCAAUCCUUGUCGAUUCUCAUGCAGUGCUUAAGUUUAUUUACUUCAAUGUAUAUGGGCCUGACCUGCGCAGUGAGUUCAACCUUCGGCUUAGGCAUGUUUUUGGGAUGCUUGCACUGGAGCAGAUGGAGAUCAAAAUGGGUAGCCGAACUUGGAUUAUCCCAGUUCAAAACUUGCAGGUGAAUAUUGAAGCAUUCAAUCAGUUUGCUACUGCACUCUUUGUUCAGUGUCUCAAUCAUGUCAUGAUUUGUCAUGCUGCCUACUGUGUUUCCCUUGCCACCAAAAUUACCUCAUCGUUUAUCCUCAAUCCACAGAUCUCAGAAAGUGCAGCACUGCAAUCCUGGUGCCUUGCAAAUGCCACCAAAAUAAAACAAUUACCACCAAUGACAGCAAUGCAAGCUCUCAUGGUCAGAUCUACUGCCCCUCCACCAACUGAUGCAAUCAACGUUAUCAAUCUUCCCACAUCAGUGGACAAGGUCCGGCUCAUAAAUGUCAAAGGCAUAGCAAGAGUCACCAAUUUCAAUCAACGUUUCCAUUACUUGGCUUGCUCACUGUGCAACAAAGCAUCAAAUGCCUAUGAAAAUGAUGAACUCUGGUGCAAUUAUUGUGCCCGACGAGUUCCGCCGCUAAUCAGGGUCAAAUUCAACGUUCAAGUCAGCGAUCCAACAGCAUCAAUUGCCGCAACAAUCUUCCCAAAAAUUGCCGAACAAUUCUAUGGCAUUACAGGAGCCAACAUAGACACAACCGAACCUGAUGUCCCUCUCUCGCUCGAACUCCUUGACCAGCUUGCGGAGCCAAAGAAAUGCAACGUCACCCUCAAAGCUUACAUGAGCACCUACGCUGGAAUUUCCCAGUGCAGGUUCAGUGUCUAUUCAAUGUCCGCCAUCCCUGAACCAACAUUGGACGACCAUCAAAAUCUGCAACAACCACUAGCUCUGCCUCCUGCAACACCGAUCAAGAAUGAAAAGAGCACUGCUACAUCAGCAUCCACCCAUGGAGCCGAACGAAAUUCAGAUCAACCAAACGCUGCGUUCUCCCUAUCCAAAACAACUGCCGCUUUUGAUACUCUAAUCAAUCUGUAUAAUCUAUCUGCGUAUGUAGAUCAACCAAUGCUUUUGACAUGGUUCCCCGAAGAAAUGAUUUGGGGCGGAAGCUUAGACUCUUUAGAUGUUUUAGGAGCUGGGUUCGAAUCUCCACCCCUUAAUAGUAUUCCUCAACAUUUUGCAAAUUUUAGUUUAAAUUACGAUGCAAAGAUAGGUGGCCCCUAUUAA